CACAUAUCAGUUGCCCCCACAUGUUUGUGGCGGGCGGGUUAUCAUGUGAAUUGAAUAAUCAUACGACUCUGGAUCCCAUGAUUCUUAGUAUGAUCCUGCUCACACCAUAGCAUAAUUCCUUCAUUUGAUUUAACUAGUAUUUUUCCUAAACGUAUUAACCAAAGCCCUAAACUUUAUUUUUUUUAUCUUUCGUCAAAAUAAUAAUUAUAAUAAUAAUCUCGAAGUUUGAGAAUUGAGAUCAUCGUUCUACGCCAAAACCCAGAAAAAAAAAAGGAUUUAAUUUCGAGUUUUGACAAAUAUUUGCUAAAUUUUGAUUAAGGUUCCUUAAGAUAUUUUUGAUACAUCCUUUUGGUAUUCUUCAGUUAGUCUCCUUAAAGAUAGGGAAAAAAAAAGCCUAGGAAUGCUGAAAGAUGUGCCUCAUCGUUCAAAACUCUAUCUUUGAAGUUCAUGAGCUUACGGCUUUUCAGAUCCUGACCUUUUUCAUCUUUGAUGAGAUAGGAGCUAUUAGUGAUGGUUCAUUAACUCACCGUGCGCAAAAGCAGAAUAGGCCUAUAAGUUCUUCUAGAGUACCUUUUCUGGUAAUGCGUGAUCUUUGUGGAGGCGGUUGAGCUCGUUAUAUUACCGAUACCUCCUGCUCUGUAAAUUAUAUAGAUUGUGCUUGCAGGAGUUAGUUGAUCGUUGUUUAUAUUAGGCUAGCUGGGAAUGGAAAAUAAACCAAGGGUGUUGACUCAAAGAUAUGAAAUUGGGAGGUUACUCGGCCAAGGUACCUUUGCAAAGGUUUACUAUGCUAGGAGUAUCCUAACCAACCAGAGUGUGGCUAUUAAAGUGAUUGACAAAGAAAAGGUCCUGAGGGUUGGGAUGAUUAAUCAGAUCAAGCGAGAGAUUUCAGUGAUGAGAAUUGCUAGACACCCUAAUAUUGUGCAGCUUUAUGAGGUAAUGGCAACCAAAACUAAGAUUUUCUUUGUUAUGGAAUACUGCAAAGGUGGAGAACUCUUUAACAAGGUUGCCAAGGGAAAGCUAAAGGAGGGUGUUGCAAGAAAGUAUUUUAUACAAUUGAUCAACGCGGUUGAUUUUUGCCACAGUAGGGGUGUUUAUCACCGGGAUAUAAAGCCAGAGAACCUAUUGUUGGAUGAUAAUGAGAAUUUAAAGGUCUCUGACUUUGGGUUAAGUGCUCUAGCAGAAUGCAAGCACCAAGAUGGCCUGCUUCACACUACUUGUGGUACCCCUGCCUAUGUUGCUCCAGAAGUGAUUAACAGAAAAGGUUAUGAUGGAGAAGCAGCUGAUAUUUGGUCCUGUGGAGUGGUUUUAUAUGUCUUAUUGGCAGGUUAUCUCCCAUUUCAUGAUUCAAAUCUGAUUGAGAUGUACAGGAAAAUUGGCAACGCUGAGUUCAGGUGUCCUAACUGGUUCCCUUCAGAAGCACGCAGGCUGGUGUCUAAGAUGUUGGAUCCAAACCCCAUUACUAGGAUUUCAAUGUCUAAGAUUAGGGGAAGUUCUUGGUUUAAAAAAGGAUUGUAUGCCGAACAGAAAAAACCUGAAAUGGAAAACAAGGAGCAAGCUUCUUUGGAUAUGGGUGCCUCUGGUCGUUACGAGAAUAGCAAUGGUGAAGCUGAGACUAAACAAGAAUCAGUUCAACCUCCAAACCUAAAUGCUUUUGAUAUCAUCUCUCUUUCAGCUGGAUUCGAUCUAUCAGGAUUGUUUGAGGGAAUGUCCCCAAAGAGAGAAACAAGAUUUGCAUCGAGACAACCUGCCUCAGUAAUCAUCUCUAAGCUGGAAGAAACUGCUAGACAUUUGGGACUAAAGGUGGGAAAGAAGGAUGCAGGUUUGCUGAAAAUGGAAGGACUAAAGGAGGGUAGAAAGGGGAUCUUGUCCAUCGACGCAGAGAUCUUUCAAGUGACUCCCAAUUUUCAUUUGGUGGAGAUUAAGAAAUCUAAUGGAGAUACAAUGGAAUAUCAGAAGAUACUAAAGGAAGAUAUGAGGCCUGCCCUCCAAGAUAUUGUUUGGGUUUGGCAGGGUGAUCAACAACAGCCAUUGCAACAGCAGGAGCUGCAACAGCAGGAACAGGAGCAGCAGACUGAUUCUAGCACUAGCUCCAGCAGCAGCUUUGACAAACGUUCUUAAAUUGCCAAUUUCCUAUGAUAUCUUAUGUUUGUACAUUGCCAUACUAAUACUAUGCUUGUUUUUGAACCUCUGUUUUCUUCUUCCUUUGAAUGUAUUACACCUGUUUUAGUAAAAAAAUUACUGUUCUUUGGCAAA